AAGGCAAGGAUACAAAAUGAAACAUACUAACCGUGUGAGUGUUGUUUGAGCUAAGCUAAGUCAAAACCCCUAAACCCUGCGAUGCGGAUGAAAAGGGAGAGGAAGAAGAAAAAGAGUGAUGGCGGUCGCCAACAAAAUGAAGAAAAGAAGACGACGUUGAAGGGAGCUGAGAGGUCUGCAUAUUUCGCACGGAGAGAAGCCGCAAAGGUAUUGAAAACAGUACUCGUUGGAGACGCUAAACGCCGUGCACUUGCAUCCAUCAAAACCCUCGUUUAUCAUCCCUCCGUCAGAAACAAGAAAGCCACAUUCGCUCUCAUCUGUCAAACCCUCAAGCAUCUUCCCAUUAUCAACGAUGUCUUGCAAGCUGCUUCUAUUAUCAACUCCAAGUGGAAGAGGCAACAAGAAUUGAUUUAUAUCAUUGUCUAUGAUAUCCUUUUCGGCCAGGGAGUUCCGCUAGUUGGUGAUGCAGAGAAGUACCUUAUGCGCCACAAGGAUGCCUUACAUUCAACUCUGAAACAGAUUUUGUCAAGGAAAAAUGUCAAGACAGUUAAAGAGUUGUUUGCUCUUCACGAGGUUCCUGAUGUUUCUGUACCUCGAAAUGUUCGUGUCAAUACACUUAAACUGGAUGUUGAUUCUGCCUUAGUUGAACUUCGGAAAAAAUACACGGUUCAAAAGGAUGAUUUAAUUCCUGACUUGCUGAUACUCCCUCCCGGAACUGAUUUACAUGACCAUCCUCUUGUCAAGAACGGAAGCAUAUUUCUGCAAGGUAAGGCGAGUUCCAUGGUGGCACCGGCUCUUAGCCCUGAACCAGGUUGGGAGGUUCUUGAUGCAUGCUCAGCACCAGGCAACAAAACUGUCCACCUUGCUGCCCUUAUGAAGAGAAAGGGUAGGAUUAUAGCAUGUGAGCUGCAAAAGGAAAGGAUUAAGCGCUUGAAUGAUACUAUAAAGCUAUCUGGGGCUUCCAACAUACAGGUUCUCAAUGAGGAUUUCUUGAACAUAAAUCCCAAGGACCCUUCAUAUUCUAAGAUAAAAGCUAUUCUCUUGGAUCCUUCCUGCUCUGGUUCUGGUACUGCUGCUUCUAGACUAGACCAUUUGCUCCCAUCUAAAGCAGCAGGUCAGGAUAUUGAUAUGGAAAGAUUAAACAAGCUUGCAGCUUUUCAGAGAAAAGCUCUUCAGCAUGCCUUCCUUUUUCCAGCUGUUGAGAGAAUUGUGUACAGUACAUGUUCAAUAAACCAAAUUGAGAAUGAAGAUGUUGUGAAAUCUGUUUUGCCCUUAGCUGAGUCAUAUGGAUUCCAACUGGCAAAGCCCUUCCCUGAAUGGCAGUGUCGUGGUCUUCCGGUGUUUGAAGGCUCUGAACACCUAGUUAGGACAGAUCCUGCCAAGCAUGGUGAGGGUUUCUUCAUCGCGUUGUUUUCCAAGAAAGAUGCUAAGCUCUCGGUGAGGUCAAAUAAUAAUGAUAAUAGGAAUAUUCACAGUUCUACCAGAACUAGAAACUUGCGAAGGAAGAAACCGAUGUUAAUUCACACUAAUCUGUUCAGAAUGUGGUUAUAUGGUCAUCUAAACCGGUGUAGAAUACAAGACAAAUCGUUUAGUGGUUAAAAUUGGAGAGAUAAAAGAGCAGACUAAGAUACUAUUUAUGUUUUCUUUUCAGUGUAAAACCAGUUCAGAAAAUCGAUCAUUGAUUGAAGUGGUUUUGUUUGCUGCAUUUUUACAAAUGAAAGGGAAAGAUGAUAUUCCUUUUUCUAAAAAAACAAAGUAACCUAUGUUAGUUUGUACUGAUGAAAGCUAUGGAGACUGAACCUUUUCUUACCAAUGUAUUGAAUGUUUCUUGCUCA